AGAAAUUAGUUCUAAAGAAACCAGACAGAAGCAAGCUACGUUGCUCAUUGACAACGUCAUCCGGAAAGCUAUUAUACCAUUAUUCAUCAAAGGACUUGAAUAUGGGAACAGCCACCUCUAUCUUGCUAGAAGACUGAGACAGUCAAUCAAAGAUCUUCAGGGGCAAGAGGAUCCUGGCCAAAGAGGUUACAGUCAUGCUCCAUCAACAGACCAUGUAAGUGGCGAACCUUUCUUAAGUGGUGAAUCUGUUGCUCGAUCACAAAUAGACACUAUCAGCAAUGGAACAUGUCUUUUCGAUCCAGAUGCUACCACCGUUCUUGUAUGUGCAGGGACUAUCCAAAAGGUCUGUGUCAGAAGUUGUACUUACAGAGAACAAGCUAUUCAUUCGGGAAAAGAACAGGCUAAAAUCAUAUGUUCUAAUAAUGAGGAUGGCUUUGAUGAUGAGACAGUUUCAAAAUACAGAGCUGUAGAACCCACUGAAACCAUUGUUCAGCAACCAAGGAAGGUUGCUAUUAUGGAUGGAAAGAAGAAGACUCUUACGAAGCUGCAUUAUCAUUUGAAAUUGAUGUCUCAUGACGGAAAGAAAAAUGAAUUUGCUGAUUGUGUUACAAAAUACAAGGCUAUGUACGGCAAUGAUUCAGAUGUCAUGUUGACUCUGUUAGACGCUGAAGUAGAGAGCCGAAGGCUGGUGUAUGAUACUGAUUUGCAUAGAGGGGAUAUAUUUGAUGAGAUGGAGAAGCUCCUGAAAACAUCAUCUCAGCCUUUAGCUGCAACAAUGAUGUUCCUCGCCAGAAAAGGAUCUGCUAGGACUAUGAAAGAGUCACUAGAAGUGGGUAUGGAUAUGCUUGAAGAUGCUCGAGCUCUCGCUGAGAGGAUUGAACCAUGCAAGGACACAGGGAUGGUUGUGUAUAUACAGAUUAACAUCCUUCUACAAAUCUACGAGAAAAAUCCUCUACUGAAUAUCAAACGGGACAUCAUCAAUAAAAUCGACGAAGCUAUCAAUGUCCACUUUGCCGAAGGUUUACCUUUACUUCGGGAGGACUAUUCCAGGAUGUUGUACUUGAAAUUUGUAUUCUGUUAUCUUGGUAUUGGGUUGUUUGGAAACUGUAUAGAAGGCGGUGUUACUUCUGAGGAUGAUUUGAGAUCUGCCGAGGCAUGUCUGAGAUACAUUGACUCACAGCAACACACUUUCGACAACAGGAGAAAGAUGUUCUACUUCAUGGCGAAGUCAGUUCUCUCUCGGAAACGAGACAAUCAGAGAGACGCUUUGGAUUUUGCUAAUAUGGCAGAACAAAAGGCCAUAUGUUGUGGAUAUAUGAAGGAGUUGGGACCAAUUCUAGAACUGACUGGUCAUCUCAAAGAAGAGGUUGAAAGCAUCGAGCUACAGGAACGUAAAACAAGACAACAUGAAAUCGAGAAUGAGUUGAAUGGACUCGUUUUGGAGAGUGUGCUGCAGAAAACUUCAAACCAGUGGGGUCCUGAACUGAAUGUUAUUGGGAGAGAAGUCAAUAGGAAAUAUCAUAAACAAUUACUUUGUUUUGGUAUACUGGUUUGUUUAGCUGUCUGUGUCAUUGUCUCUUAUUCCUUUUCAGACGAAGCAAUAGACAUCAUUUCCUUUAUGUAUAAUACAUUAACACAACAAUGUUGUGACGUGGUUGUUUGAACUCGAAGAUGUUGAUACAUUUCAGUCAACGUACCCCAUGACCAUGAUUUGUAACUUGUCAAAGUGAGUCAGUCUUAUCAACAGAACCUUGUUCCUCAUGAUACUAAUCAAUAUUAACGGCUUCAUAUGAUACAGAUUAGUUUCCUUAUUGAAUGCGUGAUUUCUUCUGUUAUUACCCACAGUAAGCAUGAGGAUAAAAUGCUUACAUUUACUGACACUGAAGAAAGCUGACUUAGUUUUUGUUUGAUAUCCUAUUGUCAAGGUCUACCAAGGUUUUCAUAUUUGUGAUGAAUAAAAUUAUGUCAAAUGUGUGCAUUGCCUAUAUCAUCUUUGGGGUAAUGGUUUUUA